UCAACACUCAGAAGGCUUCUAUAUUGAGCAUAAUACAAGAAGAAGAAUUCUAAGAUUGAAUAACUAGAAUGGCAAAGAAGAUAGUGUUUUCUAGGUGGAUGUUGUGUUUGUCAGUAAUUCUUAUGCUGGCAAUUCCCACAUCAGGGAUAAAUUGCGGUGAUGCAGUGUCUGCAUUAAUCUCUUGUGAGUCUUACUUGCUUGGGAUGGGAGAUCCCAAGCCUACCUUGCCAUGUUGUAAUAGUGCACAGGCUCUGAAGAAGAUAGUUGUAAGCAGGCCAGACCGCCAGUCUCUGUGUGAGUGUUUCAUGCAGAUUGCACCAACUCUUGGUGUUAAUUUUAGAAGAGCUAAUCAACUUCUAUCAUCCUGCAAGCUCAAUCUGAACAUGACCAUUACCUCAGACAUGGACUGUAAGAAGGUUUGAUCGAUUCCCAAGCUAAAGUUUCAGUAAUGGGACUGCUACUGGGUGUUUGUUUUUGGUUUAUGCUUAUCAGUUCAUUUAUGUAUGACAAAAAAAAUGCUUCUGCAAUCUGAAAAUGGUUGGAUAGUGAGAUAAUUAGACUUGCGUUUUAUUUCAUGUACAAGUUCAUGGUCAUGAUGGAGCUAGAAGAACUUUACAUAAUAAUGGUCAUAUCAGUAAGAUGCUGGCAAAUGUUGGAGUGAAAAUCAUUAUAAUGUGCAAGUUGAAGUCUCUCUCUUUCUGUGUGUCCAUGUGUUGGACUGCAUCAUUGGAUUUUGUAAGUUGCUAUGGUACCCAUUAGGUCACAAAUUCCACGGGAAAUUAGUAUUCACCCUUCUCUC